UAACAGCGAACAGUUCUACAUGCAGAUUAACAGCCACGCGCGACAAACCAACACAACACGAGAUGAAGACCGUUAUCGUAAAUUUGAUGUUGUUUGGAGUGUCGGUGUUUGCCAAGGACUGUGCUGUAAAGAACUAUGGCGCCAGCAGCAUAGUGUGUGUCUGCAAUGCCACUUACUGCGACAAGAUAGAGCGCAUAAGUAAGGACUCCAUCUCUGGAGGACACUACACGCACUUCGUCUCCAGCAAGGCUGGCCUCAGGCUCAAACAAACUACGAACAAGUUCCUACAGUCAGACUCAGCAUUGUCUCGCGAGGACACUCUGAAGCUGACGGUGCAGAGAGACGUCAAGUACCAGGACAUUGCCGGUUUCGGCGGAGCCAUCAACGAUGCCGCGGCCAUAAACAUCAGGAGUUUGAGCGGAAUGGUAGCGGAAAAUUUGAUGCAGAGUUAUUUUGGCGAAGGCGGGUCACAGUAUACAAUUUUGAGAAAUCCUAUGGGCGCAACUGAUUUCUCAGCUAAAUACUACACCUUUGAUGACGUAGUUAAUGACACAGCUCUGGAGCACUUCGCUUUGGGUGACGAGGAUUUAAAAUAUAAGAUACCACUUAUCAAGCGUGCGCAACAACUGAACAAGCGUGGAAUAAAACUUUUCACAGAAGCCUGGUCGGCGCCAUAUUGGAUGAAGAAAAAUGGCACUGUUUAUGGGACUAGUCACCUGUUGCCAGAGAACUACCAGCUAUGGGCCAACUACCACGUUAAGUACUUCGAUGCAUACGCCAAGGAGAAUAUAACUUACUGGGGACUAACAGCUCAGAACGAGCCUACUCAAGGUGACAUCAUUCCAUCUCAGAUCAUAACCAUGGGCUGGAAAGCGGAGCAGCAGAGGGACUGGAUAGCGCAGCAUCUGGGUCCGACCCUGCACAAGGCAGGCUACGACUACCUCAAGCUGAUGAUACUGGACGACAAUCGGCGAUACCUCCCUAAGUGGGCCGAGACGGUGUUCGCUAACAAGACGGCUCGAGAUUACGUGGCUGGAAUCGGUGUCCACUACUAUACAGAUUCCUAUGAUAGUCCAUCGCUUCUAACUCAGACUCACGAAGAGUUUCCAGACAAAUUCAUUUUGUACACUGAAGCCUGUGACCUUCAUAAGAUAAAUGCAAGCUAUCUAGGCAACUGGGAAAGCGGAGAACUAUAUGGAACGAGCAUUAUUCAGGCUAUUAACCACUGGAGCGUAGGCUGGACGGACUGGAGCCUGGCUCUGAACCUGGAGGGAGGACCCACGUGGACCUGCUGCCCCUUCAACUCAGCCGUCAUCGUCAACUCCACGGCUGACGAGUUCUACAAGCAGCCCAUGUUCUACUUCCUGGCGCACUUCUCGUCCUUCGUGCCGCCCGGCUCAGUGCGCAUUGGACUCUCCUCCGAGCAGUCUUCUGACGUCAUGUCCACGGCCUUCCUCACCCCGGACCAGGAGACCGUCAUCGUGCUCAUGAACAGCAAUGACACAGCCAGGUCGGUGGUGAUCUCCGACAACGGCAGAAGGAACAUUGCUGUUGAUGUUCAAGCCAGAAGCAUCCACACCAUCCUCUACAAGUAGAUGUUGGUUACCAUAUAGAACAUGACUGAACACAUAGUUAUAUACCUAUCUUGUAGAAUGAGAACUAAAUUAUAAAAUACAUUUUGUAAAAUCAAAAA